AUCCUAGGGGCUAGGGUUCUCUCCCACCCCGCAUACCCAUCGUCCGAUCCGAUCCGAUCCGAUCCGAUCCACCCAAACCCUCCCUCCCUCCGCCAUGACCCACCACGACGGCUCCAAGCCCUACCAGCCACGCCGUGGCCCCGAGCGCCCCCCGCCGCCGCAGCCGCCGGAGGAUGCGGCCGCGCCGACGGUCGACCACCUCGCCGCCGUGGCGGCCGAGGCCGAGGCGAUGGCCCGGUACGAGGAGCACGCCCACGGGCACGGGCACGGGCACGAGGCGGAGGAUGAGGACGAUGAGGAGGAGGACGAGGAGGAGGUGGAGAUGGAGGAGGACGAGGACGGGGAGGGCCGUCAUCACGAGGGGGGCGGCAGCGCCGAGGAGGGCGUCCCCAUGGACGCGGAUGCCGCCGCCGCCACGCUGGGGGCGCAGAUGGACCAGCACGGCGCGAUGGUCGCCGCCGCUGUCCCGGCCAUGGCGUCCAACCAGCUCACCCUCUCGUUCCAGGGCGAGGUCUACGUCUUCGACUCUGUCUCCCCUGACAAGGUGCAAGCAGUGCUUCUGCUCCUCGGUGGAAGGGAGCUGAACCCAGGUUUGGGCUCUGGAGCAUCGUCAUCUGCGCCAUACAGUAAGAGGUUAAAUUUUCCACACCGGGUGGCAUCCUUGAUGCGGUUCAGAGAAAAGCGGAAGGAGCGGAACUUUGAUAAGAAGAUCCGGUAUUCUGUUCGGAAAGAAGUUGCACUUAGGAUGCAGCGUAAUAGAGGCCAGUUUACAUCUUCAAAACCAAAGGGAGAUGAAGCGACAUCAGAAUUGACAGCUCCAGAUGGCUCCCCAAACUGGGGAUCAGUGGAAGGUCGGCCUCCUUCUGCUGCUGAAUGCCACCACUGUGGUAUAAGUGCAAAGGCUACACCUAUGAUGCGCCGUGGACCUGAUGGGCCAAGAACAUUAUGCAAUGCUUGUGGCCUCAUGUGGGCAAACAAGGGCAUGUUGAGGGACCUAUCAAAAGCUCCUCCUACACCUAUUCAAGCUAUCCCAUCAGCUAAUGAUGGUAAUGGAAGUGCUGGAGCACCUACCACCGAGCAAGAAAUUCCUACACCAGCCACUGCAAAUGGUCAUGAAUCAUCAACGUGAGCGUAGUGAUGUUUGUCUUGUGGAGGAUCAUGAACAUCAUCCCGGCGUUAUCUCCGUGUAGUUAACUGGCUGUACUAUAACUUGAGUGAGAACCUGUUAGGUACCUAGGCAUUUUCCUUACCAUCAUUUAGGGUUUGAAUGUUUGUUCUGCGAUAUGUUGUAAGCCAUGAAAAAUCAUGCUUUCGGCCAUUAUGGGCCAUAGCAAUUUUUAUUUCUUGUUGACUCUUGGGUGGAAGUGAGAACUGACAAGGUGAUGAAGUGAGCAUUUGACAUAUGUCUUGUAGUUAUUAUUAUUUUUUAAUCUCAGAGCUGAUGAUUUUAUACCA